AACUUGGUUGUGAAAUAAGUUUUAGUCAUUACCAAAGUAGAGUGAAAUGGUUUAAGAAACAAUACACCAAUUACUCUCAACUUAUGCGUCAUAGUUCUGGAUUUGGGUGGGAUCCGAUCACAAAGAGAUUCACUGCUGAUGAUGAAGUAUGGGCAGAUUAUUUGAAGUCACAUCCAACGCAUGGGCACUUUCGGUCAGAAACUUUUCCAGACUAUGAGGACUUGAAAAUUGCAGUUGGAAAUGGAACUGCAACUGGAAUGGGCUCAAUCAGUUUAGGUGAUGAUACAGAUGCCUCUACAUUUGGAGCGGAAGAAAACGGACCUUGGGGAAUUGAUGGAUUAGUUUUUGAUCGAAAUACUAACAUGUUCGUGCAAAGUGAAAAUGAGUCAUCACACCAAGAAAACUCGCCAUCUCUUUCACAACAACCCUUCCAAGGUACCAAUGUAGAUGCUCCACCACAUAGCAGGACUCAAGGAAAACGGAGUAGGACUGACUAUGAAAAUAAUAGCGGCUCAAAGGGGGCAACUAGUCAGGCUGAGGUUUUAGAAAACUUAUCAAGUGGCAUUGGUAAAAUUGUCACAAGUUUUGAUAAAAUUUGUGGCUUAAUGGAGAAGAGAGAAUCAAGAGAGAGUGAUCUUUUGGAUGCUAUGAACGAGACCCCAGGAUUAACUGAUGAGGCUUGCUUUAUGGCUCUUGAUUUGCUUAAUACUAAAGCAAAGCAAGAUUUCUUCUUGAAGAUGACUCCUGAACAACGACAUAAUUGGAUCACCUAUAAACAAAUGCAAUAGCUUGUUUUGAAUGAUUUUAAACUGGUGCUUUCUCUAUUAGCAAUGUCUGAAAUGGACAUGUAUGGAGCUGAUGAAGAGGAAGAGCAGUUUUACGAGGCUGUUAAGAUAUUAUUAAUGGCAAUACAAGCAGUGAUUUAUGUGUUAUACGAACUUGUGUUCAGCAUACGUGGUGAACAUAUUAGACGUCCGCUGACUCGUCGACCAGUGACAUCAAGUGGAUACAUAUAUAUGCACAACAUAUUGGACAGAGACCCUCAAAUCUUUAGAGAUGUGUAUAGAAUGUAUCCUGACGUGUUUCGAAAAUUAUGUAGCAUCCUAAAAGCGAAAACACCUUUACGGGAUACAAGA